AUGUCACACAGCAUUGGGGCACCAAGAUUGCGUGUCAAGACAGGCUGCCAAACUUGCAGAACGAGCAAGAAGAAAUGUGACGAGGGCCGCCCUGUGUGCCAGCGCUGUCUUUCACUCGGUUGGAAGUGUGAAUGGCCGACGCCAGAAUCUCUUAUUGACCGAAGGCGAGCGACACUCCGGAAGCGGCGUCCGGGGCGGUGGCGGCGGCAGCAGCAACUAAAUGCAACUGUCGCUGACGAUCCCAAUGUAGAGGGACCAAGGUGUUCAGAGGUGGUACGAAUCUGCAACACCUCCGCGUCGCUGGCUCACCAAGCAUUGUCUCGUGAUAUAAAACCCCACAUAUUCAAAUAUUUCAUCGACGAGUAUUAUGACCUUAUCUUGCUGCCAAAGUGUCACCCUAAGUAUUACUGGACCUUUUUCCGCGAGAUCGAGCGACUUCUUCCCAAAUAUCAAACUCUGCAGUCUACAGUCUUGGCCAAUGCUGCGUCGCAUCUUGACUCGACCAUCGAAUCGGCCUCGCUGCAGGAGCUGUCGCUUACCUACUAUUCGCAAGCUUUGCAGGGCUUACAAGAACUCCUUGGGUCGGCCCCGCAGCUGGAAGAGAACAACGGGCUGCUGAUAUCGAUAAUGCUGCUCUACACACUUGGAGUGACUGGUAAGAGCGCAUACGGUGACAUUCCUGGCCAUAUGAAAGCAGCCGCGAAAAUUGCAACCUUGCGGUACUUCGAGCGCCAAGCAGCCACCAGCCAACGGUUCGAACGACUUGUUCUGGAAAGCGUACUAUAUUCUAUGUUCAUGACGUCCAUGGGUCUGUGGUCAGAGGACUUCAACUCAAAUAACACUUUUGACCUCACUUUCUGGCUACGCGCUGAGCAGUCACUGAACCGGACGAACGUUUUUCCAGCUUCGUUCCCAGGCGUGGAUAGUCCUGUGAUAGGCGUCCCUCCUGGUCUGCUGAAGCUUCUUUUGUUUAUCAGACAGCUCAGAAAUGGCUCAGCGAUCUCGAAUGCGUACCUACUAGCCGACUUGAGGAGCGAAAUAUCCCGCUGGGAGCACUCCAUCAUCUGCCGUCCGGGUCCCGACAGCCCUGGAUUGGAUGAGUCGGAAGAUGUCCAGUGCCAACUUGCUCGAGACGCUGCUUCCCUGUUCAUCAUUACCGCGUCCAUUCUCACCCAGAAAAUGGUAGAUGGUGACUUGGGAACGACUAUUCCUCAAGUACAUGACCCGGACUCUUGGGAAUUGCGUCGUGCCAUGUCAAUAUUAAGGAAGUAUCAAGAAAACGAAACCUGGUCAAGAUUCUUCACUUCCACCAUUCCGGUCUAUACCAUGGGCUUUUUCACGGCUAGGAGCGAAGACAUCCAUCUGAUUCGGCAAGAUCUGCAACGCAGGUGGGAUUUUACAAAGUUCGGCCAUCUUCUACUCUGUCGUAGCGAUCUCGAAGCUACGUGGGCCAGACGAGGCUGCGCAGGCUGA